CAGAGGAUGCGGGGCGGCAGCCCGGCUCCCCCACUGGCCAGGCAAUUGGUAUGCUCCAGGCUCUGAACAGCUCCUUCCAGCAUCCUUCAUCCUUCAGGUACCAGCCAUCUGGGCAGUGCUGGAGCCACAGAAACGGAGCCCAGCACCCCUCUCGACCCCUGGCCUAAACCUCCCCAGCAGCCUUCAGUCUUAGUGGCUUCUGUGUCGGCUCCUUCCAGCGGCAGCUCCUUGAAGGGUGGGGCACACAUCUGAGGCAGAAGGUUUUGGUGUCCCCCCCUCCACCCUCCACUCCAGGGCUGCUGCUGCUGCCUGUCACAGCAGGAUGAAAGGGGACACCCCUGUGAAUAGCACCAUGAGUAUUGGACAAGCCCGCAAGAUGGUGGAGCAGCUUAAGAUCGAGGCCAGUUUGUGCCGGAUAAAGGUGUCCAAAGCGGCCGCCGACCUGAUGACUUACUGUGACGCCCAUGCCUGUGAAGACCCCCUCAUCACUCCCGUGCCCACUUCGGAGAACCCCUUCCGGGAGAAAAAGUUUUUCUGUGCACUGCUCUGAGCUGCCCUCUUCCCGACUCCUCACCCUUCCCUCUCCCAGGCCCCUGCGCACCCCUAGCCCUGGCCCACCCUGGACAUCUGAUGAAGCACAAGGCCCUCCCUUACCCACCUGUCGACCUCAUUCCGCUGCCCCUGGUGGCUGACACCAAGCACCCCGCGACCGGCACCCCCUGCUCCACCCAAGGCAGGGUCCUGUCCCACUCUGCCAGCGUCCUGCC